GUUCUGACAGCUCGAAGGAGCCAGAAGCAUCUUGGUGCAUGAUGCCAUGGUGGGUACGCUGGAGGUACAGGUGGUGGAGUGCUUCCAAGUCAAGUCGACAGGCAGCCUGUUCAGCGGCAACAAGCUCUUUGUGAAUGUGAAGUUGGAUGGCGUCGAAGCCAGAAGUGCAUCGCUGCCGGAGGCUGCUGGUGGGGUUCGCUGGGACUUCUCCACUCAGAUGGUGUGCCCACAACAUGCGGCAAACCUGGAGUUGCAGCUAAAGCGCGAAGGACUCUUCUCCUCACACUUUGUGGGGGGCUGUUCAUUGCCGCUGCAGCAGAUCUCUGGCACUUUGGAGCAGGAGGUGCCAUUGUGGGAUGGCUCGCGCAGCGAGGUGGGACGUCUGCGGAUCUGCAUCUCGAAGUCAGGCCCCAAGACUGGACUCAUGAACCUGGCUGGGUCGCAGAUCGUGUCAGGUUCGGAUCGCCCUGCCCUGACGCCGGCGCCUACCCAAAGCCUCGCCGGUGGCUUGGUGAAUCGCGCCAGUGUCGCGGCGGGCUCGUUGGGCACGGUGGGGUCCAGCCUGGAGAACUACGCACGCUCCGCCACCACGGAUUUGGAGAGCCGUCCUGCGUUUGCCCGAGGUUCGAGCCAGGCGUUGGCCAAUCUGGCCGCUGCCAGGGAGGACGGGAGCCGCCCAGAUGCGGUGCGUCGCGCCAAUGAGCUCCUGGUGGAGGUGGAUCCCUUUGACGCCAGUCGUGAGGAGCACCGCCAAAAGCUGGCGCAGGCAGUGGAGCGUUUGAGGCACGCCUCUAAUGCGGACCUGUCUGGGCCCCUGGGUCAACAGACCUUAAGCAGCUGCGAUGCAAGGAUUGAGAUUCUUUUCAACGAUGCAAUGCAGCACCGCAAUGAAAAGGAUGCGCAUGGGGCCCUGUGGCUUGCGGGGCGUUUGCCCAGCCCAGAAGAUGCAGAGGUGACUCUGCAACUCCGGCUUCGACAGAAGUGGGACCAACACUCCUCGAAGGAGGCCUUGCAACGUGCCAGCGAUUUGCUCCCCGCCGCUGCGGCCGGCGGCUUGGAGUUGGAGGACUUUAUGGAUGCCUUGGAUUUGGCGGAGUUUCAUAGUUUGCGCUCGCAGCAGGGUUCUGCAUCCGCGGCAGUGGAGAAGCUGCUGAAAGCCUUGGAGAAGCCGUUGUUUGGCACAGUGCAACAACUUCUUCGAGACAAUCCCGACAAGGCGGAGGCAAUUUUCGGGACCUUGGGGGCACGGCGCACGGAGGCGUUGGGGCUGCAGAGCUUGCAGCAACAGCUGCUGCGAGAGAAGGGGCUGCAGCUUCUGAAGGCAGCCUUAUUGCCUUCUCCCGGGCAGAUUGGUUUUCCAGAGCUCCGACGGAGGAAGCUGCGCCACGCCAUUCUGACAGCCAGAGGUGCACUGGACGAUCCCAUGACACGUGUUGCACUCCAUUCCAUGAUGCAGGAGGUGGGUCCUUCGUGCUUCGCCCACUCCACGGAAAGCAGUGUGUGGUUCCUCCGCGCCCUCAUCGAGCUGCUACCGGAAGAGCAGGUCCACCCUUCGGUGCGGAGGUGUUUGCAAGAGCGCCCAGCUGAUCAGAUGGUGGCUAUCCUGACCCAGAGCAAAGAACUGCUGGCAGAGAUUAACCGAGAAUUGCCUGAUGGCCUCCUGCCCGACGAGUGGCAGCAGCUACGUCAAGAGGUCCGUCAAGCACUGGCGCGAGGCAAUGAGGCCGAGCUGAAGACCGCCUGUCAGAAACUCAUCGAUAGCCCUGCAGGUGUUUUCUAUCAGCGGGAUGUGCAACAAGUCGUGGCCAAGCUGCGCAGCGCCUUCCGUCUGCCGCCCUCCUGGUCUGUCGAGUCCAUGGUGCGAGGAUCUGAUGUGAAGUUGCUCGCCAAGAACGAAGUCACAGAUAGCCGGCUGUUGAAACUCUUCGAUGAGCUCCUCCGCAGUACAGCGCUCCCCCAUGUGAGGACGCGCGACCGGCGUGGCUUGCCGCCCAGGAACUAUCGCGCCGUCAGGGCGGUACAGAUUAUGAAUGCACCGACCUGGUCAAGCUACCUGCAGAGGCGUGACCACGUCCUUCAGCAAUGCAUGAAGGUCAAGGCGCGUAGCGAUGCCGGCUUCUGGCGCGAUCGGCUGAAUGGAGAGCUGAUGACAGAGCAAAUCUUGGCGGAUCGAAUGGAGGUGAGUGCCUUCACCCCACUGAAGCGGGAAGCCAAUGAAGUUUGGCUAUUCCAUGGCACCAGCCACGCAGCGGCAGAAGGCAUCACUUCGGAUGAUUUCGACAUGACCCGAGCCAAUCCAUCGGGACUCUUUGGUGCAGGGGUCUAUUUUGCAGAGUCAGUGAGCAAGGCAGAUGAGUAUGUCAAGGGGAAGGUCGUCGGUGGCGUCGAACUCUUUCCGCUGCUUCUCUGUCGUGUGUGCCUCGGCUACGUUUAUUAUUGCGACGAGCGGCGGCCCUCUGCGCGAGCGUUGGAAGAGCAUUGUCUUCUGGAGGAUUGGCACAGUGUCCUUGGUGACAGGAAGAAGACCUCCAAUACCUUCCGGGAGUUCAUCAUCUACGACAAUCUGCAAGCCUUCCCUGCUUACAUCAUCUACUAUGCCCGGGAGUACUGAGCAGAUCCCCAGCAGCCCCAAGGUCGAGCCGUGGGCCAAGGAUGACCAUCUUCCGGGGUAGAAAAGGCGGCGUCCGUUUCAGCUGAUGUGUUGCCCAUGGAUUUUAUCCUUGUCACCUCGGAGGCCUGGGA